CCCCCGCCCCCGCCGCCGCUUCGCUCCGGGCCCGGCGCCCUUAUCCCUUCUCCACCUUCCCUUUCCUCCGACUCUGGCCUGAAGAGGGUUCCGCGAUGGCUCCGGCCGCCGACCGGGAGGGCUACUGGGGCCCGCCGACCUCCACCUUGGAGUGGUGCGAGGAGAACUACGCCGUCUCCUACUACAUCGCCGAGUUCUGGAACACAGUGAGUAACCUGAUUUUCAUUCUACCUCCAAUCUAUGGUGCGAUUCAGACCUGUAAAGAUGGCCUUGAAAAACGGUAUUUAGCUGCAUAUUUGUGUCUUACAGCUGUGGGAUUGGGAUCUUGGUGCUUCCACAUGACCCUGAAGUAUGAAAUGCAGCUGUUGGAUGAACUGCCAAUGAUAUACAGUUGUUGUGUGUUUGUCUACUGCCUAUAUGAAUGUUUCAAGUACAAGAACACGGUCAAUUAUCCACUGCUUUUCUUGUUAAUAACAUACAGCUUUGUCGUCAGCAUAAUUUACUUAAAUUUGAAGGAGCCCGUAUUCCAUCAGAUAAUGUACGGAACACUAGUUUCCAUUAUAGUUCUACGAUCUGUUUAUAUAGUAUUAUGGGUAUACCCAUGGCUUAGAGGUCUAGGCUAUACAUCUUUAACUGUAUUUUUAAUGGGAUUUUUUCUCUGGAAUGUGGACAACAUUUUCUGUGAUAAAUUGAGAGCACUACGAGAGAGGAUGCCUCCUGUUGUGGGAGCUGUGACACAGUUUCAUGCAUGGUGGCAUAUUCUCACAGGCCUGGGCUCUUACCUUCAUAUCCUCCUAAGUUUAUACACAAGGACACUUUUCCUGAAACACAGGCCAAAGGUGAAGUUUGUCUUUGGAAUAUGGCCUGUUCUUCUUGUGGAGCCACCCAAGAAGCUUUGACUGAGACCUAGGCAGUCCCACGCGAUCACCCAGCCUGGCUGAAUAAAGGGAUUCAACAGUUUCUAUGGCUGAAGUGUCAAAAUUAUGGAUCAGUUCAAGUACUGUUGCUAUAAAAGGACUUCUCUGCAUUACUAGGCCAGCUGGCCAGAACAGAGCAAAGAGCUGGCACACUAGGGAAAUAAUGUUUAGUACAGGUUUAUUCUAAGUUGUUAAAACAAAGAUUAAGACACAAUAUUUUUCUGUAUAUAUUGUAUAGCUGAUGAUACUGAGCUAAUAUUUCGUGCUGGUCACAGAAAACUAACCAUUUUUGAAGUGGAUUGCGUAUGUUUUUCAUUCAGUUGUUGUUCUUCCUGUGUUUUAAACUAAUAUUAGUAACUGAAUGACAACAACAGGCCAUUGAUGGCCAAGCUAAGCAUUUGUGUGGCCUGUAGAGAACUGAAUGCUUAACCUGAACUACUUUAAUCUUGCACUUUUAUACAAUUAAUGAAGUAUGUAAUGACUGAUUUAGGGCUUUAUUGUAUCUUGCUUUUCCACAGCCGCGUUUGCAAUUUAUAUUUUAAGCAAAACAUUUGGGAUACCUGUGCCAUUUCGUUCAUUUUGUGCCAAACUUCCCUUUUCUCUGUAGUCCAACUGAGGUACAUCGUGGAGGAUGUUCCAGGGUGUGACCGGCAGAAGACACUUAAGAUGGUGAAGCAUUAUAGGGGUUCUUAUCUGGGUGUGGAAACUGAAUUCCUAAUUUGUUUGACCAGUGCUCCAUCAGGAGACUGCAGGGUGACUGUAUAAACGCAAGAAACAUAUUUUUUUAUCUUUUUAUAAUUAUUAUUUACAUGCCUCCCUUUUCUAUCCCUUAUUUUUACCCCCCAUGUCCCUAUUACAGAUUCACAAACACCUUAAAUGUGUGCUAGUUCAGCUUUGAAUUCAUCUCUCUCCCUUAUUUUACAAGUCUUAAAUAUUGGUCUGACUUUCAGAAGGAUCUUCUUACUCAGAAAUGUUGAAGAAAGAGUAAAGAACAAGAUUGCUGUUGAGGAUACCCCAAAAUAAAACUGGCAGCACUUUGGUUGCUUGCUCUUAAUCUGUCCACCACGCGGUUACUCUCUGGAAAGUUGACCACCUUUGUAACACCAAACUUUGGGAAUUGAAGUGGGGGACGAACCUUCUGGUUUCUGCAAUUUUUAUUUACCCAGUUGAUGAAAGUUAAUAAGUGAGCAUAAAGAAAACAUUGAACUAACACAGUUUUUCAAAAUAUACCUCAUACUGGAGGCUGUGGUUUUGAUUCUUCAGAUCCUGAGGCAACUAACGGAGUCUGUCUCUGGGCCUCCUAGCUGCUGUGCUAUGCAAUUCUUGUCUGCUUUUGAUUUUCUGAGGGAUUUAUCCUUCUUGCCAUGAAGGAAAAAAAGGGAAAUGCUCAGACUGAUUGGAAAUCCCAUCUGUAUUGAUUUAAAACGUGCCCACAGCAGCAAGGCACAGGAGUGGAGCUAUAAAGCUGUCUCCCAGAUCACAAAGUCCUGGCUAGUGUAAGCUUCCUUGCUUCAACUACUGAAGAAGGCAGACUGCAAUCUGUAUUGUACAAUCAAUGCUGACUAAAAUGGUCUGCUCCCUUUAAUUUCUCUUUUUCUUUUUUUCUAUUUGCAGCUUAGCUGCAUCCUCCUUGUCCAUCAGUGGCACUCCUACUGAUCUGGAUCUCCAGAUGAAUUCAUGGCUUUGAUUAUGUGACUGACCCUGGACUCUUGGGAUCAAAUAGACACGAACUCAGGGCUAGAAAAAGAUACUUAACCUUGAGUGACUUCAGUGAGGUUUAAGCACGUGCUGAUAGCAGUGCGUUUCGCCCCGUAAUCAGCAAACUUCUAUAAAGAUUCUUGAAUGAAAGUUUUGAAAUGAUUUUUUUUUGUCAGUAGGCUCCAGUUCCAUAGACAAGGUCAGCAUCUGUGUUGGGAAAUUCGAGUGAUCUUCAGACUGAAAGACAUUGGAAUGACUAGCACAGAGGUACGAAGAUGUUGUCUUGGAUCAAGUGUCUUUAAUUAUCCAGAAGGCGUACUUUUUUUUUUUUGUGAAGAGAUGUGAGAACUGUUUUAAAAACGUAGCUUAGAAAUAAGUGCCUGCCUGUUCGCCUCCAGGCUCUCUCAAGCAUGCUCUGUACCCUAUUUUUGUAUUAGUAUGUUUACAUGUUUUCAUAAGUUAGGGAAAGAGUCCCAUAACAGGAGCAGGGCAGCAGCGAGACCUGUAAAGGGUCACUUGUGACAUCUGCUAGGUAUGGUGUUAUUUUUAAGAAAACAAACAAAACCUUUAUUUUAGUGGCCUUAGUUUUGUUACUGGAGGAUCUGGGGGCUCUGGUUUCCCUGAAAUUGCAGGAACCAGAGUGUGCUGAAAAGCCACUUUCUUACUGAUGGGGCUCCUCUACAAUGGUAAAUUUUAAAGAAAUUUGUUGCUUCUACACAUUUGCAACUAGGAAGCGUAUGCUUCUUUUCAGAUCUUGGUGAAUUAAAUUGUCAGGGUUUAAAAAUAAAAGUUGGAAAAACUUUUGUUUUAAUUUUAUGCUGCUGUUAGCUUUUCAUUCACAUAUCAUUUGUCACUGGAGUUUUUUAUCUUUAAAUUACACAAAUUGGCUUCCUCCUUCAUUCCAAAUGACCAAAACCAUGCACGCCUCUACCACCCUUCCAGCAGCCCUUCUUUCAGGUUACGUUAGAUCCUGAAGAAUGUAAUUUAUGUGUGUAUUCUUCUAAGCAUAAAUAAUCUAAAAUUAUGGGUGCUCUGGUUUCACUGCCUUAUUGAUCUUGUGAGUGAUACUGAAAAUGGCAAGCCAGUUUUAACUGCAUGUCACUGAAAUUCAGGCUGCCGUUUCUUGUGCCUGGAAAGACAUACAUCCUUACUCCUGUAAUGUGUUAAAUGUCCGCCCAAUCGCUUUUUAUUUAUAUCACCUGUAUGACAUGCUGAUUUGUUUUUUUCCUACAAACCUUGGAGCAGCAUAUCCCAAACUUUUCUUGCACUACAUCUUAUAAGGUGGGUCACCUUUGAUCCUAUUUCUUGAGUAGGAUUCAGACAGCAGCUACUUUAAAGGGAAUCGGGGAAGUAUCAGGUGUCAUUUAAUAUGAAUCCUACAGGAUGUGUUGGACAGAUUUGAUAGCAAUGAACUCUUAUUCUUUAACAUCCAUGAAGGACCAGGAAAUCUGCCACCUUAUGACCGUUGGUUUGGCACAGACCAGCAGCAAGUAGUUCUGCAGACUAUGAGCUGAAAAAUUCUUCCUUGGAAAUAAAAGAAAAACCUAAGAAUUACUCGCCCAGCACAGAUCAACACCAUAGCUUAGCUGGGAAUCGAGGUUUUUCUGGGUACAGCUCACGACGUGCAUUAUCCAGAACUGAAGAUGAGACGUGAUAAACAGAAAUCUGCCAUCAGGACGAAUCUCAUGCAUGUUUUGAAGGCAGUGUUGUUAGCUAGCAGUAUUAGUCAUCUCCAGACUUCAUUGUAAGGCUUUUUGGUUUAGCACAAGGAAGAUGUGCUCACCUGCGAGUGUUUAGAAGACCACUCCACAGUCAAAAUUGGAAUAUGCAGUCUAUCACUUGAUCUACCUCUGUCAUGUAUUGUACAAUACCUGUGCCCUUAAUUAUGUCUGACUUAGACCGUGCAGCCCCUGAGGUUGGCAGCAGCAUUGUAUUGAUCCGUGGCUGAUCCUGUUCACUCUCCAUAAGCGUCCUGACUUGUCCCGUGUCUGUCGCUUCUAGGUGGUGCUCAGUCCGCUGUUCCUCUGUGUGCAGAAGUCUGGCUGCCUUAGAAUCAGAUACAAGUAGGAUGACUUUAAUUCAGGCAGGUGAAGUGAGCCCAUUUUGGUAGUUAAGUUAUAUUUACAGCUAAGUUGAAAACAGUAUAACUUGUUUUACGUGAUUUUUGGAAGAGAUGUGAUGGAAAAUACUGUUUUAUAAUUAGCUUUAAUUCUCUUUUCAUCUAAUAUUGCACUGUCUUGUUUGCCUGAAGGGAAAUUGUAUGAUUUGAAAUGCAGUUGACUUCUGGCUGCAGUGCAUUUGCUUCCAAUACCUGUUUUCGAACAGCUGAACGAGUUUUUCAGCUAACUCCUCCGUGUGACACACUUAGCAACACACAGUCCUCCCCGUAUCACAAGUGUUUCUCACAGUCACUACCGCCUGGUUUUGUCUGCGUUCAAGAAUUUCAGUAAUACCUUUUUGUUUUUUAAACCGGUUUCUCUCUGUGAUAUAUUUUUGGCAUUUGAUAUCAGGAGGUGAAACAAUUCAAUGUAACACUUCUCACUGGAAGAUGAGCUCUAAUGAAGCAGCACUGCUGUUUUCUUCAGUAGGCCUCAGAAUCCAGGAACAGACCUUAAUUUUGGCGGAAUGUGUGCCCGGUAAUUUAGAGUAACACAUUCAGGUAAAGCGGUUUACUUUAAAGAAACCCCAUCUGCACUUUAUAAGUAGGCAGUGGGAGGCUUUAACUGCAAAGUACUGUUGAAGCGUGAGGCUUUAGUGGGACGAGGGUUAAGUGAUGAAAUCUUUAUUACCAAUGAGAAGCGGAAGCCAGGAGGAGAUGAAGAAAUCUUACAUGGAAAGAAUAACAAAAGAUUAAGCACAGAAUCCCAUAGUAUUACAUCAACCACCCUCCUGAUAACUGCACUUUAGAUUCUUAUGUAACGAGCUUGAACGUUUUGCUGUUUUUACGUUUAACUUGCCAUGCUGACUCUUCACUCUUUGCCACAGAAGCGACGUAGACUCCAUUACAUUCGGUUCAUUGUAGAUUAUUCAGCUGGGUUUUUUUUAUGUAAGACACAAUGUUCGUACGUAUCGGACGGAACGUGACACAGAUUGUUUUGUACGUGAACGAGUACAUUUCUUAUCCAUCUAGAACAUCCUCUGCCAGCUUUGUUUGAGAGUCCGUAACGUAACUACAGAGAUUAUACUGUAUAACUGUUAAGACUGAUUUUGGGUUUCUUUGUUCAGUUUCUCGCUCACGACUGCCUACGGCUGCCAAGUGCCUGAUCUCUUUGUCGCAAGUCCUUUUUGAGAGCUGAGGCUGUGUUUUCCCCUGGGGCCCAUAAGACAAGGUCCUCCGUCGGUGGGAGGUCGGUCUGGCUUUUGUUAAAAAUUCUCCUGCUGCAGGAGUCACAGCGCUCUUUUCAGUCGCUUGCCAGAAAUGUAGUUAUCCAGUACGUGGCUGCCUCUGCUUGGCUCAGAUGAACACCCCACGUCCGUGAUGCUGUUGCAUCUUUUCAGAUUUUGAAAGGUAUUUAGCCCCACAGCUGGUGUUUAUUUCAGCGUGGGUACUUCAAUGACAGGCAGGGUGAGGGCGCAGCAGUCAAGCAAGCACUUUAUGCAGAGCCCUGUUACUGGAGCUCCCAGCCAGAUGCUCCAAACAGGACUGGGGAUAUGGGGCCCCACUACUUUUGGGGACAGGUUUGAUGCUUGAACAUCUUACUUGACUUGAGAACUUUCCCUUUUUACUUGUUAAAAGUGUUUAGAUUUGAUUAAACAUGUAAUUGCAGAUUUAAGAAGAACCGAGUUCAGAAUCCAGCUAAUGCAAGACCCUAAACCAGUGCCUGCAGAUUUUUUUUUGCACAUAUUUCACACACGUUGAAUCUGCCUGAUGUUUAGAGCAGAUUGCUGAAAUUUUACAAAUGCAAAAAUAAAGGGUCUUUUGAUUAUUUGUCCUUCAUCCCCAAAACGCAUGAAUAGCCCUGAGCACAAUCUCUGAUUCCCCUUUCCUCAAAACCAUGGAACAUAUAUAUGUUCCUCCAAAGCCGAUGUUGAAUAGAGAUGGGCUUUCCAUGUGCUCAUUUAAAUCAUGUACUUCUAAAUUAAAGCCUUGGUCAGCUGCUGUGGAAGAACUUUGGUUGCAUAUACUGUUGCUCCCUGGAUUUUGGAAGAGAGGGUUUCAAGCAGCAUAAACCGCAGUUAGUCCUUCGACCGAACAGGAACUGAUUUUUCUCUUGAUCUUCCAAACUAAUGUUGACUAUUUGAUGUUGACUAUUGAACUCAGCUUAAUGCACUGAUGAUGUUUAAUGUCUUAGCAAAUAAUAUUUGUCCACCUGUAACGGACAUGAAAUACCCUGCGCAUUACGUGACCAAACUUUCUGACAAUGAUGCUAUUAGUUCUAACGUAAUGGGUUUGGUUUUUUCUCCCUGAAGUUCAGCAUAUUGGUGCGGGUAGAUGACUACACUGUGACAGAUGAAUAGCAGUUGACCUGUAAAACACAGCUGCAUUGGGCAGUGUUUAGUGACAAUUUUUAUAUACUAAACUGAUUCUUCGUACCAAACCAGCUGGUAACUAACAUAAGGCUUAUAUGUAUCAGCAUAUCUUGUUUUGCAAAGCACAGUAGCUUUGAAAUAUUUAAUGUUAUUCAUGCUGCAGUCAAGCACUAAUUUGUGUCUUUAUAGUUCAAAUUAUUAAAGAAUUUUGUUUUAAAUACAA